AUGGCGCACUUAUCCAUCUCAUUACCUGCGGUCGUGAUCAUAGCGGCACUAAUGCUGCGGCUCUCCGCUACCAGUGGAGCGACUCCGGUGAUCGGGAUGCCGGGCUGCGACACAACCUGCGGCGACAUGAGCGUGCCGUACCCGUUCGGCAUCGGCCCGGAAAGGUGUUACCACUCGGUGGGGUUCAACCUCACCUGCGACACCAGCAGCAACCCUCCACGGCUACUCGGUGAUGGCACCCUCCGAGUCAUAGACAUCGACUCCGAGAUGUCCGCGGUCACCGCCGUUUAUGUGGGAGGCAUAAAGUUUGAUGCCGAUGGCAACGGCAAGUUAAGCGGCGGCCUUAGGGACGAUGGGCCCUUCGGGCUCUCAAGGUUCCCGAAUGAGCUCACACUGAUGGGUUGCAAUGUGCAGGCAACGUUGAAGAAUGGCAACAUCACCGGUGCACGAGGAGGAUAUACGUGCUUUUGCGAACCUGGUUACGAAGGCAAUCCCUACAUGGGCGACGGAUGCCAAGACAUCGAUGAGUGCAAGCAUCCGGAAAUUUGGUCGUGCUAUGGUAAUUGUACCAAUACGGAGGGAUGGUAUGAAUGUCUGUGCCCGGUAGGAACCCAGGGCAACCCCGGCCUGCCUGGUGGAUGUUAUAUUUCCCUUGAAGCUAGCUGCAGUAGAUCUUGUGGGGGCGUGACAGUGCCAUUCCCGUUCGGCGUAGGCCCAUCCGAGUGCUACUGGGAAGGGUUCGGCCUCACCUGUGAUGCCACAAGCAAACCCCCGAGGUUGUUGCUCCUGGACGACCAAGAGGGUACCUUACAAGUCAAUGGGAUCUCCCUCGUGAACAACACGGUACGAGUCCUCCGCACCGGCGGCGAUUCAAUCGCGGGUCCUGAAGAUGGUCUUUUCAUGGAUGUUGGGAGUAUUUUCACGGGCACCGGAGAGAGACCAUACUCGCUGUCCUCCGGAAAUGAGCUCAUCCUCGUGGGGUGCAACGUGCAAGCGACACUGUUCGGUGAUGGCAACCGGGCCAUCAUCAGUGGCUGCGCCUCCUUCUGCCCAAUCACAGAAAGUGGCAACACCACCAGCACCAACACCGGGAUAGAGCCGAUUAACGGCACCGACAAGUACUGCUACGGCAUGGGCUGCUGCCAGGCACGCAUCCCCAUUUCGGCAGGCAGCAUGCCAAAGCAUCUGGUCUUGAAAAAGUUCGACCAGAACAAUGCCCAGCAGGAGUCGCCACUCUCGUACAUGCUGAUUGCGGAGGAGGGGUGGUUCAAUCACGGGCGGGUCUCCAGUGAGGUGUUGCAGCAGCCUCCGCCAAUACCACACACCAUGGCGACAAGGAGAACAAAUCUGCAGGUUCCCAUGCUUCUGCGCUGGGAGGUUGUCAAAGGUUUACCACGAGCUAACAAAAUGAAGUCGCAAUCAAAUUGUCCUCGAGAGGUAGCACGCAAACUCUGCAAGAGCAAGAACAGCUACUGCAAGUCAGGGAACAGAGGCUACUCGUGCCAGUGCAGCGAUGAUUACCACGGCAACCCGUACGUCACCAACGGAUGCCAAGAAAGAAUGGUCAUAAAGUUGGAAGAGCUAGAGAAGGCAACAAACAACUUUGAUAAAGCUCGCGAGCUUGGCGGCGGAGGGCAUGGCAUAGUCUACAAAGGAAUUUUAUCAGAUCUUAAUGUCGUAGCAAUAAAAAAACCAAAGAAGGUAGUCCAAAAGGAGAUUGAUGAGUUCAUAAACGAGGUUGCUAUACUGUGACAAAUAAACCAUUGAAAUGUGGUUAAACUCUAUGGUUGCUGCCUUGAAACAGAAGUCCCGAUGUUAGUUUAUGAGUUCAUAUCCAAUGGAACCCUUUAUGACCAUCUUCAUGUCGAAGGAUCAAGAUUACUGUCAUGGAAUAACAGGUUACGGAUAGCAACUGAGACAGCCAAAUCCCUGGCAUAUCUUCACUCAACGGCUUCAGUACCCAUCAUCCAUAGAGACAUUAAGUCAGUUAAUAUACUUUUAGAUGACACUUUAAGAGCAAAGGUAGCAGAUUUUGGAGCUUCAAGGUAUAUUGCUGUGGAGAAAUCAGGUUUAACAACGAUGGUGCAGGGAACUAUCGGAUAUUUGGAUCCUAUGUACUUCUACACAGGGCGGCUCACAGAGAAGAAACACAGUCUAUCACAGAUUCUAGAUCCUCAAGUUGUAGACGAGGGAAGUACAGAAGUCCAAGAAGUUGCCGCUCUUGCAGUAGCAUGUAUACAGUUAAAAGGAGAGGAUCGUCCAACUAUGAGACAAGUGGAGUUGACACUAGAAAGGCUUCAAUCAUCUAAUCAAGUUAUUUCAUACAAUGUGGUGGAUGAGGAAUUUGUGGAAGAUGGGCAGCGAUAG